AAGUAAAAAGUAACGAGUUAGACUAAAAAAAUAAAAAAAUAAAAAAAUAAAUAAAUAAAUAAAUAAAUAAAUAAAUAAAAGAACGCCGGUCCUGUGGCCGUGCGAAGAGGAGUUGCAAGUAGAAAGUAAAAAAAAAUUAAAAAUUAAAAAAAAUUCUAAAAAAAAAUAAAAUAAAGUAAAAUAAAAGCGUGGCUCGGUUAGGUCGACGAGGAGUGUAAUCGUGCCCCUUUUGUUUCAUUGCCUCUGUUAUAAAGGAGCUAAAAGAGACGAACGAGACGCUGAAGAGCCUACAGACGAGGUUGGAGCUGGCGUACGCAUCGACAGCGUCGUCUGGUGCACCGGUCGCCGGUGGAGGAGCACUCGGAGGGCUAGGUAGCGUAUCGUGCGGGGGUACGGGAAUCAGCGGUACCGUCCUAGGAGGUAGCGUGGCGGUUCCAGGCGGCGUGCCCGGUAGCACCACCCUGACGGCCAUCAUGGAGACGAAAGAUGCCCGGAUACAAACGUUGGAGAAGGAGGUAGCACUAUUGGAAACGGAGUUACAGCGUAUCAAGGAGUGCGGUGGUAGAUUGAGGGAGCAGUUGUUGAAAGCCACCGCCGUGCCAAGCGGCGGUGACAUGCAACAGCUUCAACAACAAUUUCAGCAGCAACAGCAACAACAACAACAGCAAAUACAGCAGCAACAGCAGCAACAACAACAACAACAACAACAAUUAGGUUUAUCAAAUGUCACAAGUGGCGUUACGGGUAUCGAGCAACAAGCUCAACAGGGAUUGGUGACGGCCUUGGGUGGUCCACAACAGUCCGGCACGUUGGCCCUGGCCAGGGGACCGUCCGUGAUGACCUCCCUGGUACCGUACGGUCACUCGUCGUCCACGGCACUAACCACUCCGUUGCUUGCCGGUUCGACAGGUGGGACCUUGAGCGGGAGCAGCGGGGUCGGCAUCCUUGGCGGCGGUUCCUCGUGCCUGGCCGGCAUCUCGUCGGGCACCACCACUGGCGUGGUCAAUCCCUAUACCGAUCGUUACUCCGAUCAUCACCUUCAUCCCCAUCAGCUUCACCAUCAUCAGCAUCACCAUCAUCAUCAUCUCCAUCAGCAGCAGCAACAACAACAACAGCAGCAGCAACAUCAACAGCAUCUAUUGCAGCAGCACCAGCAACAUCAGAUCCAGCAGCACUUAAGGCAAAUAGAGCCAGCGGCCGCAGGAGCCUUGGCGCUCCAUGCCCACACCUUCAACAAACACGACCUGAACUUCAAACGGCAAGUAAGUUUCUUCAUCAACAACGUGCGCAUCGAAAAGAACGACGCCGUCUAGGGAGGUGGGAGGUGCCGCGCGGAAUUUGGACGACACCUUUGAUAACCUUUGAACCCUGGCUACCACACGUUGGCUAACACCGUUUCUUCGUUUUCUUCGACGUCCGCUGAGUUCUCUCUCGCGCGCUUCCGCUCGCUCCCCCCGAAACCCCCUCUUCUCUUCGGCUUUUCGAAUCUCUACGGAGGAGCAUGAUGAUGAUGAUGAUGAUGAUGAUGAUGAUGAUGAUGAUGAUGAUGACGACUGAGUAGCAUCUGGAGCAUGAUCUAACACUUAAGUUUUAAAUUAUAUCGAUGACACACACAUCGUGCCUGCUCCUCUCUCGUUUCAUCGAAUUCAAGAUAUAUAAAGGGACGGAGAGAAAUUGGAAAACAAAAAGAAAGAAAUAGAAAGAGAAAGAAAAAGAGAGAGAGAGAAAGAAAGAAAGAGAGAGAAGGAGAAUGAAAUACUAACUACUCCCCUUAACGACGAAUGCCUGGGAAAUAAUCGGAAAUAAUCAAUCAAGUCUAUCCGAUGAUAUUCCUUCUAUAUAUCUCAUAUAAAAUAUGUACAAUAAAAAAUGAAAGAAAAGAGAGGGGAUGGAAACAGAAGGAAGAGAAAAAAAGAAAGAGAAAGAGAGAGAGAGCAUCGCUGAGAAGCUGCGUGACGUCGUCGUUGUCGUCGUCGUCGUCGUCGCUUUCACAGAUAUCGAAGCAUCUCGUGGGUCUUCGCCAUAUAUGUCCUAUUCCUCCCGAUCUUUUCUUCCAAUCCAACCGUUAUCACUAAACAGUCUUGCCCUCCCCCAAGAACCUGUACCCCUCAAACUCCCCCAAAGAAUAAAUUGCCUAUAUCGCUACGAAUUGACGAAAAAAAGGCCGAUUCUUUGACGAGAGAAUAGAUAUUAUCUAUAAGACAUAUACAUAUAUAUAUAAAUAUAUACAUAUAUAUAAGUAUAUAUAUAUAUAUAUAUAUAUAUAUAUAUUAUAUAUUUACGAAUUACACACACGCAAUAUGGAAUUGAUAAAUCCUUUAUCUUCUUUUUAACGAAAAGAACAUGCUCCUCGAAAGAGUACAAAGUAUAUAUAUAUA